AUGGCGGAAGCUGAAGCAAAUCCAUCGCUUGGCGGAUAUGAUGAUGACUUUGUUAGUGAAGUUGAAGACGAAUUGCAAUGUGCAAUUUGUAGGCUACCACUGAAAGACCCUAUUUUGACGAAAUGUGGUCACAGAUUUUGCAGAGACUGUCUUGACAGUCAUUUCACAAGGUUAGUAUCACCCCUUGGCUUUUCAGAACAUAUCCCUUACUUCAAGUUAGAUAUUAGCUCCAUACAAGAGAUGGUAACUGGACAAUAACCCUCGAUCUUGCUCUGUACGAGUCAUUACUUUAUUCAAAUGUUAUGCAAGAGACUUGUGUUAUGUUGUUCUGUGCCUGUGAGCAUUUAUCAAGCGAUUUGAACCUUGCGCAAGUAUUUUAUGGGAUUGGUAAAGCGCGUCGUUUCGGAGUACAUAGUUAUGGCGGCCUUUUCGCCUUCUCGUUUACGGGGGCUGCACUUGCGGAAAUAAGUCUUGACUAAAAAGGACUCAGGAAAGUCAGAUAAAAACAAACAAAAUGCAUGACACUUUUUCAUAUCAAGUAAAAGGCAAGUCAGGAAGCAAUUUUCUUAUAUGCCCUAACCCUAAGCCAAACCCCAAUCCUUCUACAUAAUAACGUCUUUGGCGGGACUAAAUUAACAUUAGCAUGAACUUGACUACCUCUAUUGAGUCUGAGAAAGAUAGUCUCUGUCUGAUGAUUUCUUGGAAAUGACAAAUCGAGAUAAAUGUCACCGAAAAGAAAGGAAUCAGGAUAAUAACAGGAAGAAGAAGCACGUAUACUCUAGUGAUUUUGUGUUACAUGAUUAUGCUAUGUAUGAAAAUAUUUCUUACUAUUUUUCGCUCGUUUUUUCCCAUAAGACUUGUAUUCAGUAAAGUAUUGUUUAUUCUAAUGUUUAGAGUAAAAGGGAAAAGAUUUUAAGUUGUUCUUUAGCGACAUGGGAAUGCGUCAACAUAGACCUCACGCAACACUAAUAUCUAUAAGACAUACAAAAGAAGGAAAUACCGUUUGUAUCUAUCAUCAAUUUCUAUAGACUCAGCCGGAUAUGUUAAUCAACUGAACAGGAAGGUUCCAUUUUCAACUUUUGAUGAAAUCUCAUUUUCACAAUAUCAGAAUGAUUAUUGUCAUGGAUGAUUGUUGCAGCUGUAUAAGGGAGGGAGAAAGACCGGUUAGCAGGGGGCCAUCCAGAAACGAACGAACACAGCCUUAGAUUUAAUUGUCCUCUCUUGGUCAGGCUCUAUUUUGAGUUGUUGAUAUAACUCGGUGGGGCGAAACGCAGCCACAUGAUUGGGAAACUAUCACUGAUCCUGAUCUCAAGUAUCCUUGGUACAGGAGGUUUUCUUCUCAAGUGCGGCUGGAUGCUUUGGUGUCGGCCGAAGGCCGACCAAUCUUUGGCCGAAGUCCGAAGUCGCGAGCGGCCGGAAACCGCGCAUGAAAGUCCCUGGCACCCAGGAUAGAUCUCAAGUUAUAAUUUAUUUCCUUCCGUCUCAUAAGGAAGCACGGUCUCACUACGCGACUAAAAUAUCCUAGCUAACCUGUGUAUCACGCCUUCCCUCCCGUUCUCCUUAGAAGAGAGUGAUGCCCAGUCUACUAUACUGACGUGGCCAACCUCUACUUAAGCCAUUUCCUUCUUCUUUCCAGAAACGCAUGUCUGUUCUUUCUAUGUAUUACAUACAUAGCUUUUAAAAAUAUCACGUAUACGUGGAUGUCUUAAAAUGAGAAGUACUUUAAUCUCAGAUUUCGACAUAUCUUACUGCAUUUUACUGCAUACAGCUUUAGAAGGAGUAAUAACGUCAUAAUCGUCCCGCGUUUUAACUCGCAGUUUCUUAAAAACUCUAUUUAUGGAGGCGCUAUUCUUUGGAACGUUGUCUCGACUCAUUUUACAGACCAGUUUAUUGUUUUUUAUCGCAAAGUGAAGAAGGACUCUUAUUUUAAGGAACUUGAUUUUAGCGCACAGUCGUUCCAGUCGCUGCCCAGGCACUACCAAGAUUUUAAAUGUUUUAAACUGUUUUAUUUUUUAAAUGCUGUAGUCAAUUUACUUAGACGUAACUAAUGUAAAUUCAUUUUAACAUUGUAUUUUUUUUUCUUUUAGAAUCUUACUGUAUAUUUUUAGAGUUUUAUUGUAGUUGUAUUUUGUAAGUAAUGUUGUUCUAUUUUUAAUAUGGUUUUAUUCAUUUGUAAUUAUUUUUACACCACCCCAGAAGCUUUGAGCUUUAAAUCAUAUCGUGUUUAAAUAAAGGAUAUGUAGGUAUGCAUGUAUCUAUCAUAUCAAUUUUUUUUAAGAUUAGAGUCACUGUUCAAAACAACAAACAUUUUUCGAGCCAACAAAAAAACAGAAGUCUCUGAUCCUCCGCGCGAAGCUUGUUCAGCAACACAUCCGGAAUGAGUUUAGCAAAACGCUACUCAGACCUCCACCGCGGUAAAACGUUUGAGGCAUUUAUUUUCAUGGUUUAAAUUUUAGGGGGAUUUUAUUCACCAUUAAGCAAAACACAUGGACAAUGAUGCAACUUAACUAUCUUAGCGUUCGGUUCUCCAAAUAAUGAGCUUCUUCCUACUUUGCACCAGAGUAACAUCUGUAUACAACUGCCCGCAGUAACACCAAAGACAUUCAACGUAUUUAAUGAUGCCAAACUUCUCCCAGAAAACACGAAGGAUUUUAUAUUAUCUGAAAAGUUAUAGAGAGGGGAUAUCUUCUGUCUCUACCCUACCCUAGCACUCUGAACUUUAUAAAUUUGUUGAAAGCCCAAUUAUAAAUGUGGUAGCAGCCAGGUAAAAAAAAUUGUUGGGACUCACACCAACCAUCAACGGACAAGUAGAUAAUUCUGAUAUACAUACACAUGUUUAAAUGACGUUACGUUUUAUAUUAUGCUUUUGUUUCCACACAAAAUGCUCCUCCUAAAUGCUCCUUUCUCCCCACUAAAAUGCUCAGUCUUGCUCAUAAAAGUCUCUGAAAUACCCGGAUAAUGCUCAUCGUACAGAAGCUUUUUCUCAUUAAUUCUAAACAUUUUAACGGGGUUUAACGCUAACAAAAAACGUAUAAAUGGUGUAACAACAACAUAUCGAAGCUAAUAGCUUCCUUAAAAUCUAUCAAAACCUAGAUCCUCUGCUGACUUUUUUCUGGAAUUUUGAGUUCAAGUCUUCAUAAAUUUUUUGCGGAAAUAAUUCUCUAUACAUAUUUGUUUUUCAAAAUCGCUGACGUCUUUUCUUUCCAUCUCAACAGUCUAGAGCGAAACGGAAAACCGUUAAUUUGUCCUAAAGAUCGAAACAACCUAACACGAGACGAGGUAGGUCACGCGUGGAACUUGUAAUAAGUUUGUUACGUUUACAGUAAUGUUCAACAAGUUUACGUAGUGAAGGGAUGAGCAGAGUCUUGGGCAAAUGCAACUUCAACAUAAUUUUAACACAUACAAAGAGGUUGAGGACAAUCCUUUCCCUCAUAUUCAAAGACUGUAAAAAUUUCAAGAAAAAAGCUAGUUAAGCCCUAUAACCACAUACAGAAGAAGCUUCAAAGCGGUUAACCAAGGGCGCUUCAUUGGUAAAAAAAAAAAAAAACAGCUGAAUGCAAUGUUCACAUUAUGCGACCCAGCGGCCUUUUGUUCAAACCGGGGCUAACGGCUGUUCAGGGCUACCGUUAUUAGAGAGUGUUAUGGUCGGUGCGCUUGCAAAGAGUACUGGUUCUUCUGUUUGUUGUUGUUGCUUUUUUAACGUGGUGUUUUUUUUUUCUCUUGGCUUUUUCCCUCUUUAUUCCUUCUGCUGGCCCUUUACUUGAGCCGCGAGGUUUACGCUAAAUGUAUUGCCAGUUAAUGUGAUCGGUGCCUCUAGACUUGUCACGUGCCUGAACUGCGGUGUAUUUAUAAAGAGGUCUUUUAAUGUAUAAAACUUCCAAAAUUUUGGAAGGCAUACUACAAUGCCUGAAAAAUAACCCUUCCAAUGUUAAGCACAAGUAAUAUUAAUAAAGAAAUUAACUUAUAGGCUUUGCUACUCUUUUCUAAUGUUGCAGGACACUUUUGCUGAUAAAGCCACAGAAAGAAAAAUUCUCUCCCUUUUAAUAACAUGUCCUAGUGAAGGAUGUCAGUGGACUGGAGAACUGAGAUCAAAAGAUGUAAGUAGUAACCGAUUGUGCAUUCGUGGGCUGUUAUUAACCCCUAAUUCCAAACACAAUCCUUUAAUAUUCAUUGGGUGAAACAUUACACAACAGAUUCAGUUACAGAAGACUCGAUUAUUGCCAGAAGAAAUAUAUUCAUCUGUGAAUCAGUUUAACAUUAGUUGGCUGGAAAAAAAAAUAGUUUCCCGGCUUCCGGGUAUUAACAAUUAAAGCGAUAGACAGUCGGUAACAGAAACAACGAUAAUGAUAUAUUCUUAAACCGAAACAGACAAACAGAUAUAGCUGAAACGAAAUGAUAGAAUACUUCUCCUUUUUAGGAUCACUUUUUGGCUUAGUUUGACAAAUAAUUUCAAAAUUCUUUCCGUCAAUUCUAAUUUUUUUCAAAAACACGUUUUGUGGAGCUCAUUAAACCAGGCAAAACAAAACUUUUGACAAGCGCUAAAGGUUAAUUUUGAAGAUUUUUUCUUUUGAAUUACUAAAUAUUUUUUCUUAUUUCUUGUUCUCUAAAGGAUCACUUAGCAUCGUGCCUUUUCAAGUCUGUUUCUUGUACCAACAAAAACUGUGACGUGAAACUAACAAGGAAUACCUUACAAGAACACGUGACCAUGUCGUGUCCAUGGAGGAUUGUUAGCUGCCAAUACUGCCUAUUUUCGACCCAUCCAGCCUGUAAAACCAAUGUAAGAUAAGUGCACAUUUGUUUUAAUAUCCGUGACAACCAGAGAAUCGAAAGCGUAAUCAUGAUAUAUGUAGUCUAUUAUAUUGGUAUUUCAGUGUUUUAAGUGAAUCAAUUCAAAUACACGCUUUUUAUGCCAUAAUCGUGUAGUUUAACUUUCUUGUUCUGUUUUUCAGACAGAUUUUGUAUAAGAGCGGUCCCUGCAACCUAGCUGAUGUGUCACUGCUUUGCUAUGAAUAUAGCAGAACCGUAGACACCUAAUAAAACUACCCAUUCCCAAACCAAACCAGACCAAACCAGACCAAACCAAACCCCAAAUCAUUUCAUUUACCUGUCUAUCAUACGCUAAGGUAUCAGAGCAUUAACGCAAAUUUAUUGAUUUCAAUCCUUGUCUUAUUGAUUUCAAUCCUUGUCCACCCCAGUCAGGCUCCCCUAAUAGCCGUGUUAAAAGAGUCAGGACGUCCUGAAACUUUCACUGGACACGUUUUUCCCCAAGACCAAUAAUACUGAGCUCUGAAAGAGUUAAACUCGUUAAUAAUUUCGACUGACUAUCAAGAGAAAGACAUUCAUUUAGGUGUAAAUGUAGUGUAAUAAAAUUUUGAUUAUUAAAGUGACAUGCUAACAUCACAUUUACAGUUUUUAAACGCUUUGUCUUUUAACCUGAUGCAUUGUUUAAAAGAUUCAUCAGAGUAAAUGCAGAAGAUUUCCAUUAGAUUGCCCUGAGAGCUGUGGAGCUGUCAUACCGAGAGGGAAGGUAAGGUUGUAGCCACAAAGAUCUCGUCCGACAUGUGGCCCGUAUAACACAACUCCAAUUUAGUCUGUUGCCAAUUUAGUCUGUUGCCAGUUAUUGAUUUGCGAUGGAUAUUUAUUUACCUAACUGAUAAUAUAAUAUAAAGAAAUUAUAUCAUUUUCUCCAAAAUUAUGUGCUUGCUCACUAAGCUGGACUUUUCACCUAAUUAUAUCGCAUUUCUCGUUUUUUACAGAUUUUAUUCCACAUUAAGGAACAAUGUCCUCUGACAUUAAUUCCCUGCCCGUAUGCUCAGAUAGGCUGCACUACAAAGGUAAUACUUUUCACGAUGUACUUAAGUUGUCAGUAACCUAGGUAACGCGUGAAAAGUACAAAUAGAGAGAUUACAGCCUCGUCACAAAAAAAUAUGUCCCUUGAGUGUUGGACUUAAAGUUACAAACAGCAAAUUUAAACUUUGAAAAACUGCGCAUGCUUGGCUGAACAUUUUUCAAAAACUCCAGUUUUAACCCGUUUUAAGGUGUUUCCAUUCAGUUUCUCGGAGACAAUACCGAUGUUUUUCGGUCGCCUUAAAAGUGAUUUUAUCCUUGCACGAUCGCCACAAAAUUUUUACCAUUGAUUGACUAUGAAUUGAAAUUUGUCAAAAUGCAGUUUUUAGUAAAAUCGAUAUCACUAUGACAACAAUAAACAAAAAACUUUGGUGAGGUCUCCGAAAAACUGUAUCGAAACAUCUUAACAAAGGAUCUGUUCGAUUGAUCGUACUCUAGAAUAAAAAUCAGCAGACAUUUCUGACAAAUCUCUUCAACCGCAAAUCUUUGGACCAUUCGAAUGCCACGACAUUCAUCUUUAUUAUUAAUGUCCUGUAUUUUUUCAUGUAAUAAAAGCCAAAACAAGUGAUUUUUAUUCCUUUUUUUUUGUUAUUCUGUAAAAUUGAAUGCGCCCUACAUAACUGUUUACUGAAUUUUUAUUUCGACCUUGUUUCAGUUUAACCCACUUCCGAUUUAUUUGUUCAGAUUAAAAGAGGAGAAGUCGAAUCUCACCUGCAAUCUACAGUGAAAAUGCAUCUUGACAUAGCUUGUGUGGAGUUGGGUAAUACGCAGAGGGAGUUGGCGAAGACCAAGGGACAACUUGAAGAUACGUUGGUUAGAUCUCAGCAAGAGUUCAAAGAGAUCACAAGGAAACUUGAGGGAAAGAUAAAUAAUCUAACAAGAAAACUUGAGAUUAAGAUUGAUGGUAUCGAGAAAUUGGUGCUUUCUUCAGAUGAACAAAAUUAUUUCAAUUGGAAAGUCAGUGGCUUGGGUAAAGCCUUGAAGAAAGCUAAACAUGGGGAAAAAACAUCAAUUCUAAGUGAUCCAUUUUACAGAUAUGCUUACAAAUGUAGGUUAGUGUUGGAUCCAAACGGUUACGGCAUGGGAGAAAAUACACACCUGUCGAUAUUCUUCUUUGUCAUGACGUGA